ACCACAUCUUUCCCUCUCUCUCUCUCUCCCUCUCUCUCUCUUAUCUACUCUCCAGAGUUCACAGAGAGCUUCCAUGGCUGUUAUAAGUUUCAACCCCACCAGAAUGAAACACUCCACGGCUCAAUCUCACAAACCCAUAAACCCCUUCACCUCCCUCUCAAAACCCACCAAAAUCUCAUUUCACUCCUUCAAAUUCGCCACAGAAUCACCCAAUAAAACCCUCAAUUUCCAGAAAUUCAACUCGGUCUCCGAAAGCUCGGUUUCCUUGCCAAUGGAGGCCGAGAGUGUCGACGAAGAAGAUGAUCCAACUGCAGAAUUGAGCUAUCUUGAACCGGAAACUGAUCCCGAGAGCAUUUCGGAUUGGGAACUAGACUUUUGCUCUAGACCCAUUCUUGAUAUUAGAGGGAAAAAGAUUUGGGAGCUUGUAGUUUGCGAUAAUACGUUGUCGCUUCAAUAUACAAAGUAUUUUCCUAACAAUGUUAUCAAUAGUAUCACUCUAAAGGAUGCUAUUUUAUCAAUUUGUGAUGAAUUAGGUGUCCCUUUACCGGAUAAAAUUCGAUAUUUCAGGUCACAAAUGCAGACAAUCAUUUCAAAAUCAUGCAGAGAGCUUGGAAUAAAACCUAUUCCUAGCAAAAGGUGUCUAUCCUUGCUUCUUUGGCUGCAAGAACGGUAUGAAACUGUAUACAUGCGACACCCUGGUUUUCAAAAAGGAUCUAAACCACUUCUCACAUUAGAUAACCCAUUCCCAAUGGAGCUUCCAGAGAACUUGUAUGGAGAAAAAUGGGCUUUCGUCCAGUUACCUUUUUCAGCUGUUCAGGAAGAGGUAUCAUCUUUAGAGACGAGGUUUGCCUUUGGUGCAAGUUUAGAUUUGGAUCUCUUAGGAAUUGAAUUUGAUGACAAGACAUUGAUUCCUGGACUGGCUGUUGCAACCUCACGUGCUAAACCUUUGGCAGCUUGGAUGAAUGGACUAGAUGUGUGUUCAAUGGAAGCUGACAUAGAUCGAGCUUGCUUGAUUUUGUCAGUCGGGAUUUCUACACGCUACGUUUAUGCCACCUAUAAGAAAACACCUGUAACUACAAGUGAAGCAGAAGCUUGGGAAGCAACAAAGAAGGCCUGCGGAGGCUUACAUUUUCUUGCCAUCCAAGGUGACUUAGAUUCUGAUGAUUGUGUUGGAUUUUGGCUCCUUUUAGACUUGCCGCCUCCACCUGUAUAGUCUAAGGUGGUUUGAAUUAAUUCAAGAAUUGUCCACAGGAAAUCGAUGUGGGUGGUAAAACUAGAAUGGUUUCAAAGUGAAACAAAAGUAAAUGCUAUAUGUCUCAAAUUCUAAGGCAUUUUCAAGUGCUUUCUGUUUCUUUCCCUCCUUGUAAAUGUUUCUAUGUGUAAAUGUUUUUUUGAACUGGCUUUCUCUCUGCAAUUAAGUCCCAACAAUGUCCUUUUCCAAUUUCCAUAAAUAGCUGG